CGCGAUUCUUCGGACGGCAUGUUUGCUCUGAGUUGUACAUGCAAAAGCUUCCGAGCCCGACGCUUUGCUCCCAAUUGAAGCUCCAUUGUACGCCGGGGAGAUUCCCGAGGGGACUGCCGUGAAGAAUACCGGAGGAUCUGUUUUCUUGUGUGGUGUGGGAACGGGAGUGCUAUCGGAGCUGCGUUUUGAGAGAAAGUGGAGUCGAGAUCAGGAGAGAUUUACAGGUGUAAGCGCAGCCCGUUGAGCUUCAUUCAUACUGAUCGCCGUUCGCGAGCGUCUUCCACCCUUCCUUCCUCACCACACUUAUCCGCCACCAACCAUGUCGUCUCUCAACCGCAAAUCCUCCUUCGAAACCGCCAGUGCCGCCUUCCGCGCCCACAUCCCCGACCUCUCCACCCCGCGCUUCCAAACGGCCUCUAAGCAGAGCAUCUACGAGUACGUGCAGUCGUUCAAGGAAAAGCAGCACCCGCCGUGGCUCUUCAAUCUCACGCAAGCAUGGGCGAAGCUGUACGAUGAGCCGUACAAGGGGCUCACGAGCGAUGGGACGGUGCGGGAAGGCUUGUUCGAGAGGCGGGACGAGGGUGUGGAGAUUGGCAAGGUGGUGGCGAAGGCGGAGGAGCUGCUGGGGGCGUUGGACGAGGAGCAGAAGAGGAAGGUAAGGUAUCCGAUUAAUGCAAGGGAGUGGAGGGCGUGGUCAAAUCCGGAGUUUUUGCUACGGCCGUUUGGGCUGAGGCUUGAGGAAGUCCCCGAAGCCACCGCGCAGUCCAUCCUCCGCGUCAUCGAAGCCUCGCUCUCGCCCGAAGGCUACCAAAAAGCCCUCUCCGCCAUGCGCAUGAACCACUUCCUCGGCGAAGUGGUGCACCUGCCCCACAUCAUGAACAAAUACUCAUACAACUUCCUGCUCUUCGGCGCGCCGUCGACCGACCCCUCCUCGCCCUGGGGCUGGCUGCUCUACGGGCACCACCUCUGCCUGAGCUGCUUCUUCCGCGGGCCGCAGGUCGUCAUCAGCCCGCUGUUCUGCGGGGCGGAGCCCAACGUGAUCGACGCAGGGGCGUGGAAGGGGACGGAGAUUCUGCACAAGGAGGGCAAUUUGGGGCUGCGGCUGAUGCAGAGUCUGCCGCCCGAGCAGCAGCAGAAGGCGCAGCUGUACAAAAAGCUGCGCGACGACCGCAUGAAGCAGACGGGCGAUCUGACCGUCGACGAGUGGAACAAGGACGACCAGCGCCAUCUCUGCGGCGCCUUCCGCGACAACCGCGUCGUGCCGUACCAGGGCGUGCUGGUCUCGUCCUUCACGCCCGAGCAGCAGCAGCUCGUGCUCGACAUCGCGGACGAAAUGGUCAUCUACUUGCCCGCCAAGUCGCGGCAGCUCCGGCUGGCGGAUAUCAAGAAGCACUUCGACGAGACGUACUUUAGCUGGAUUGGCGGGUAUGGCGACGCCGACGCGUAUUACUUCCGCGUGCAUAGCCCGGUGGUGGUGCUGGAGUUUGACCAUCAUUCGGGCGUGUUUUUGGCGAAUGCGGAGCCGGCCAAGUUUCAUACGCAUACGAUUGUAAGGACGCCGAAUGCGGGGGAUUACGGGAAUGCGAUUAGGGAUCGGGAGCAUAAGCUGUGAGGGUAGUGAGUGAGUAGGUGUUGUACCGAAGAUGGUGCGUUUCAGGGGCAAUUUCAAUAUUGCGUUUCCCCUUCUCCUUGCGCACUACUAUGUGUGUGGGCAUGGAAUGGGAUAUACUCGCAAUGUGUUCUGAGCUUCUUGAUAUGCCUAUAUUUGUCACUUGAGGCUCGAGUUACCCAGGGACCUUGUUUUAUCAUCCAUCAUAUAGUGCAACGAUCAGGCGCUGGGACAUAUUGCCACCAGUC